GACAAAGCAAGAAAGUAAUAUUUUGUUGCUAUUCAAUCGUCCUCAUAGAGUUGAUUGAAAAGAAAAGUUUUGAUUUAAUAAGGUUCCUAUCUUUGUUUUAAUUAAACUGGUGCUCUCGUUAUUAUUGGCCGCGUCUCUCUAACAAAGCAUAUAAAGUAAACGUAGGUGGGGCGAUGUAUAGUUGUUAACAGUUAACUCGAAGAAUAACUUUUACUUUCGAAAAUGUCCUUCUUGCGCGGUUCAGAAAACUAUGUGUGGUGCACCACCAGCGUCCUGGGUAAGGGAGCUACAGGCGCUGUAUUCCAGGGCGUCAAUAAAAAUAAUGGGGAACCUGUAGCUGUGAAAACCUUCAACCAACUAAGUCAUAUGCGUCCACACGACGUCCAGAUGCGCGAAUUUGAAGUUUUGAAGAAAGUGAAGCAUGAGAAUAUUGUUAAGUUGUUGGCUAUCGAGGAGGAGCAGGAAGGUCGCGGGAAAGUGAUAGUUAUGGAGCUGUGUACGGGCGGAAGUUUGUUCAAUAUUCUCGACGACCCUGAGAACACUUACGGCCUUCAAGAGCAAGAGUUUCUGUUAGUUUUAGAGCAUCUUACGGCUGGCAUGAAGCAUUUGCGUGAUAACAAUCUGGUGCACAGGGAUUUAAAGCCGGGGAAUAUUAUGAAGUAUAUAAAUGAGGAUGGUACAACAACUUACAAGUUGACAGACUUUGGUGCAGCUAGGGAACUGCAGGAGGAGGAACAGUUUGUGUCUCUUUACGGGACUGAGGAGUACUUGCACCCUGACAUGUAUGAGAGAGCAGUGUUGAGGAAACCAGUUGGCAAGAGUUUUGGGGCCACAGUGGAUCUGUGGUCUAUCGGUGUCACCCUGUACCAUGUAGCUACGGGACAGCUGCCAUUCAGACCGUACGGAGGCAGGAGGAAUAAGGAAACCAUGUUUUAUAUCACUACAAAGAAGGCUUCUGGAGUAAUCUCGGGAACACAAACAACAGAGAAUGGUCCAAUAGAGUGGGCUCGUGACCUACCCUCGCAUUGCCAGCUGAGCCUCGGGCUCCGCAAGCUGGUGACCCCGCUGCUGGCCGGUCUGCUCGAGGUGGACCCACACCGCAUCUGGACCUUUGACAGAUUCUUCUCCGAAGUGCAAGUCAUCACGUCUACCACGCCCAUUCAUAUAUUCCACGUUAACAAGGCGACUAGUAUAAAGGUGUUCCUAAAACCGGACGAGAAGUUCGAACACCUGCAGACUUACAUCUGCGAGCAGACGAGCGUGGUGGGCGAGUCGCAGAUCCUGCUGCACAAGGAGACGCUGCUGCUGUCCGUCGUGGACGACACCACGCUCGGUAAAAACUACCCGGAGACGACGGCGGAGGAGCCGCUGAUGUUGUUCAACAAGAACAACAACAACGUCAACAUGCCGCCGGAGCCCGACAUACCCAAGUUCCCGGUGUUCCCCAACAUCGUGUCUGUGGAGAACGACGCCACUCAGGCUAAGACGGCGUGCAGCGUGGGCCACGUGGUGCGCCGCCGCGUGGAGCUGCUGUGCCAGGCGUCGCGGCUGUGCGGCGCCUGCGUGCGCGCCUGGGGCUCGCUGCUGGCCGCCCGCCUGCGCGCGCUGGCCGAGCGCGCGCACACGCUGCACGCGCUCGCCACGCGCGCCCAUGCCGCAGCUAGAGCCUUAGACCUCGCCGCUAGCGCCGCCAGAGCGCUGGCCGACCAGUCCGGUUCGACCAGCACAACCCCUCCUCCCGAGUCGUGGGGCUCCGCCGCGGGACUGGUGGCGAGCGAGGCGGAGUCCCUGCGCGCGGCGGCGGCGGCGCUGCAAACGCGGCACGGCAGCGGCGCGCUGAAGGCUUCGUGGGACGCCGCGUGCCCGAGCCAGCUGCGGCUGCACGUGCGCGCCAGGACGCUCGUCGAAAGGCUGCGCGACUCGUGGCAGCACCUGGUGCGCGACCGCGCGACGCGCUCGCUGACGUACAACGACGAGCAGUUCCACGUGCUGGAGCGCAUCACGGCGGCCGAGAGCGGGCGGCGCGCGCGCGCGCUGCUGCUGCAGGCGCUGCCGCUGGCGCGCGCGCGCGCCGACGCCGUCGCCGACUGGUACAAAGUGGCCCAGACUGUGUACCUACAAACCCACAUCCUGGACAAGGACGUGUCGCACACGGAGCUGAAGCUGUUGGCUUUGGCAGCUCGUUUGCAGGACGCCGAGCACACCACGCGGGACAAACUCAACGACGCACUCAAGCAGCUGUCGUCAUCGAAGCCGGCGGGCGCGCGAGCGGAGCCGGGCGCGGGCGCGGGCGCGGCGGAGGCGCUGGGCUGCCGCGAGGCGGGGCUGCGCGCGCUGCUGGCGGCCGCGGACGACGUCGCCGGCUCGCUGGCCGGGAACUCCGCGCUGCUGGCGCGCCUCUCCGCGCUGUCGCACCAGCUGCCCUAGCGCGACACAGUUUCAGAAGACACCCCGUCCACUUGCAGUUCCAGCUCGUCAUCAUCAGCAGAGUCCGCUGCGCGCACCGUCAUUCACGAAGAUGAUGAAACUGAUAAAGCGCCAGUCACCUGCGUUUUGGUAUAAAACUGGGUGAUCAAAUGUAGACAGUUGAAAUAUGGAAUUUUCUUGGUGACUCUAAUCGAUAUGAAAGACGCUAAUAAUAAUAAGUUGAAAUAAGUUUUGGUCCACAAUUAAUGAGCAAAUAAUUUUUACCAUCAUGAAAUUCCUAAAUUGUUAAUAGAAAAAUUUGUCGUUUCCAGCACUUAAAUAGAAUAGAACCACUCCCUUUCUUACCCGUGGAUAUCGUAAAGGGCCACUAAGGGAAUGGCUAAUAAACUUGGGAUUUAUCUUGUAGGCUAGCAACCAGUCACUUUUUGAAUCACGAUUCCAUCAUUAUGCUGAACGUGGCCUUUCAGUUUUUUCCAAACUGUUGCCUCUGUCUACCGCCGCAAGGGACAUAGACGUGAUCAUAUGUAUAUUCACGUACCAUUAUUUGAGAAGGCAUGUCUCAUCAGGUGAUCUAGGAAAAAAGAUAAUACAAGAUAUGACUUAUCGACGUUCGUGAUAAAUCCCACUGAUGUUUGGUAAUCUGUCGACUAAACAAAAUGAAGUCGCGAUCUCAAAAUGGCGACGCCAAGCCAGAUUCUCGACAAAAGAGUUCCUAUACAUAUUUUUGUACUGCGUGCAAAAUGUGACCUGCAAUAUUGUAUUCCUUUAGUAUUAUAUGUAAUUAAUUGGUGUGAUUUAGUUAAGUAUAAAUUUAAGCUGAUCGUGACCUAUCAGUCUUUUCAAGACUGUUGGCUCCGUCUAUCCCGCAAGGGAUAUAGACGUGAAUAUUAUGUAGUUGCACGGAAAUUAAGCAUUUAAUUAAUUUUACAUGCUCUAGUAUUUAAGAUCGUGAUACGAAUGUAUUAUAUAGGAAAAAAUUAAAAAUAAUCCUACCACAGUCAAUAUCAUUGAUAAAAUGUUAUAAUCUUAAAAUUUUGUUAGCAGAACUGUAUAAUAACGACAUGAUUGUGCGAGUGAGAAGGUAAAGGAAUAGACAUUAUUCUUUCCUUGUCUUUAAAUAAAUUUCUUAAAAAUAAAGGUGCUCUCGCGUAAUGUGAUCAAUACUUAAUCUUAGGCAAUUACCAGUUGUAAAUAAUCUUAUCCUCAAGUCAUGUGGUAAAGCGUUUCAUUGAGCUCUGAAUCGAAAUUAUUUAGAAAAAUAAUGACAAUGUAAGUUAAUUUGAUUCUUCAUAAAGCCAGAUUCUGAAAUGAUAUAAUUCUUUAAAAAAAAAUAUAUUGUUUUCAUAAAACAGUGGGAUGCACUGUUAACCUGUGGAAAUCUAUUUUAUAGCGAAAAAGGAGUAUUUCCAAACUUAUAGUAGUGCAAAUAACUGAUCAGUGCUUAGGUAGCUGAGAAGUUAUUAACUUUAAGAAAUAUUUGUUGAUUUAAUGGUGCCUACCCCUCCGGGAAAGGCGUGAUUUUAUGUAUGUAUUUAUGGUGGAAAUAGGCUCAUUGCGUCGCUAAUCUCCCGUUUGUCUGAGUAAUGAAUUGCACAAGACAAUUUAAUUCAAAAGAAUAAUUUAGCAAUAUCCAUUAGUUGUAAAAUAUAAAAUUUGUAAAAAAUUAUUUUAAAAGAUUGUAAAUAAAAUAAAUUGUUAUUGUAUAAGUAAUUUUAUGCACAUAAUAA